AUGACUGAAGAUUUGUCCUUUCGCAGAAAUACUAUGAAGCAAGUUACGAGAAAGAGAAAGUCAAGGAGGAGGAAGGAUGGAUCUGAAUCUGUAGCAAAAACACUUGCUAAGUGGAAGGAGUACAAUAAUGAAAUCAAUUCUCUGGAAAAUGGAGGCAAACCAAUAGUGCAUAAAGUUUUAGCUAAGGGAUCAAUGAAAGGAUGUAUGAAGGGUAAAGGAGGUCCUGAUAAUGCUCAUUGCAUAUACAGAGAUCUACCCACACCGUCAGACGCCGAUCUAGAGGCUAAGAUUGUUGAAAGGAUGGAAAGCAAGUUCUUCACUACUGAGUUGUCUGCAGAGGAGCUGGGUUAUUGUUAUCUGGGUUUUCAUUUAAAUACUAUGAAGCAAGUUGUUGAUCAAGCUUCUAAUGGGGCAUUCCAACCAAUGGAUUAUAUGAGAAAGAGAAAGUCAAGGAGGAGGAAGGAUGGAUCUGAAUCUGUAGCAAAAACACUUGCUAAGUGGAAGGAGUACAAUAAUGAAAUCAAUUCUCUGGAAAAUGGAGACAAACCAAUAGUGCAUAAAGUUUUAGCUAAGGGAUCAAUGAAAGGAUGUAUGAAGGUUAAAGGAGGUCCUGAUAAUGCUCAUUGCAUAUACAGAGGUGUUAGGCAGAGGACGUGGGGGUAA